AAAAAAAUUAUAGUAUAAAUACACAUUUUACAAAACAUGAAACUAUUGGCACUACGCCCCCCGGGGCAUGGCCUUCCUCUAACGUGGGAUUUCUGCUCCAGCGCCUCUGACGAGACAGGAGAAACCGGGACCGACGUUUUACUUCACCAUCCGAUAGAAGCUCAGUGGAUAAGGCGGGAAUCGAACCCGCGUCUCAUAGCAUCAUCGGGAUCGGCAGCCGAAGCCGCUACCCCUGCGCCACGAGACCCACCACAAAACAUAUACACCUUGAAUGACCCCUAGGGGAGCGUUCAUAAAUAAAUUUACUUUAAAGGUAUUGGGGUCCUUUUCGCAUUGAUUGACAUAUCUUUCAAUUUCAUGAAGUUGGGUUUUGCCUUCCUCACCAUAAUGAGGAAAGAUUAUAAAAUCACUAGAAAAAUGAGCUUCUUUAUUCGAACUCUUAGACCCACCUUCACUUAUACCUAUCGACUUCUGAACAAAUGUCUGUGCGUGUGUAUGUCUGUAAGUCCGUGCACCGAAAAAUAUGCACACGAUUAUCUUCGAACUGACUGAACCGAAAUUUUACCGUUUCGGUCUAAUUCGAUCCGUCUUCGGGUCAUAAAAGACCCUAGUUAAUGUUAUAAAGUUUAGAAAAGUACUUCGACAAUAAUGCUAAUGUAAUGUCCAACGCGACAUCUAGACUUAAAUAGAUUAACCAAUUCUUUAACACCCCUGCGGUUGACAGAACUGCUCCCUCUCACACUCUCUUGAGUGCUGCUCAUUUCCGCUUACUCAUAUUGUACUGUUAUCUGAAAUAUAUGCCCACUCUUAUUUGAACCACGAAGACAACUAGACUCGCGUCUUUAUUACGUCCGAAAACGAACGUUUCAACUGGCGACGUAGGUAAAAUUAGAAAUUUCAAGAAGUCUUUUUGCAAUUAUUGAAAGCGUGAACAAUUCGGCGGAUUUUUAUUUCGGCUGCGUGGAGAGAGAGAGGAAAAAUCUCUUGCUUGGCGGUGGCUCAAAGUGCUAUCGCGGUGGUGCAUUUCAACAUCGACGGCAGCGUCGGCGGCUGAGCAAAACCGCUGGUGGUGCUGUUGUAGUGGUGAAAGUUUCUUUGACGGCGGCGUCGGCGGCUGAAGUGAAACCGCUGGUGUUGCUGGUGGUGGUGAUAUUUUCAUCAACGAAGGCGGCGGCUGAAGCAGAGCUGCUGGUGAUCGUCGGCGGCGGCAAAGCAAGGCCUGCUGCGCGGUGUGGUUGGUGCGGAUUAUUUUUUGAGAACAAUUUUGGGGAAUUUUGACUCCGUCUGGACGAAGACGUGUAGUUUUGUACUGCUGGCCAACGAGAUCAAAGGAUGUCUUUGACGGCUACCACCGAACCUUAUUUACCCGGUUCAAUUCCAUUUAGUCAAUACUUGGAACAACUGGAGUGGAUUUUUCUCCACAAUAAAUUGAAUAAGACUGAUUAUAAAACAUCGUUUUUGGCCAUCUGCGGCCAGGAGGUGUAUACAAUGUUGAAAAAACUUUUCCCUGGUGAAAAUUUAAAAGAUUUGAGCUAUGACACAAUAACAGACAAACUGAAAAAGCAUUACGAUAAAAGUGAUUCAGAAGUGAUUCAUAGUUUCAAGUUUUGGUCCAGGAAGCAAGGUCAACACGAGAAGGCUGAAGAUUAUGUGUUGUCGGUCAAGGUUUUAGCCGAACGGUGCUGUUUCGGUGAUUUUAGGGACAGAGCCAUUAGGGAUGUGCUUGUCAUGGGAGUGUUUGAUAGAGGUUUACAAAAAAGGCUGUUCGACGAGGACAACUUGACGGCGGACAAGGCGGAGAAGAUGAUACUCAAUCAGGAGUUGUCGUCGAACCGCACGAGGAUUCUGAACAACGGAGAUGAUGGUAGAAGUAGCUUGGUGAAUCGUUUGGGAAGAAGACCGGAUCGUACACCGAACAAGGGAGGUUACCGGAACAGGAGCAGAAGUAACAACAGAACUCGUUCGUUUUCGAGCGAUAGGAACAAGAACAAGAGUGAUUCUGGGAAGCCAACCUUUUUCUGUACGUUUUGUAAGAAGAACGGACACACUAGGAAAUUUUGCUAUCGUCUUACUAAUCGUAGUCCACGUAAACCUAAACAAAGUGUUAAAUUUGUUGAUUCUCCUAAACCUUCUUCAAGUGGCAACGGUCUUUUUAAGCGUUUGAAGAAGGACUUGCACAGUGACGACGACGAUAUGGCCUGCAUGAUGAUUUCGUCCGUCAACAAGAUCAACGAACCGUGUUAUGUUGAACCUCUCCUGGAAAACAGACGUAUGACCAUGGAGAUUGAUUGUGGAUCAGCUGAGAGUGUUAUCUCUGAAGAUUUGUUCAACAGAAACUUUCGUAAUCUUGUCGUUAAGCCUUGUAACAAGCGGUUAGUAGUGAUAGACGGCAAGAGGCUGACUGUGUUGGGAAAAGUGACGGUAAAUGCUCGUUUAGAUGGUGUGCAACAACAAUUGGACCUUGUCAUCUUGCGUUGCGAGAUGGAUUUCAUCCCGCUCAUGGGAAGGACAUGGCUGGACGUCUUCUACAGCAACUGGAGAUCAGCUUUUUCACGACCAUCUUUACCUGCACAAGGUGUGCAUGCUGUUGAGAAUGAUAGUGUUGUUGUUGAUUUGAAGAAUCUCUCUUGGCGGCAGAGUACUUUCGGCGCAUAAGCGUCAACUCAAAAUUCCGCAGAGCUCUCGCCGGAAACGACCCUCAUUUGUUUUCCUUGGAGAGAGUUCCUCAAAACCGCAACCACCACAACCAACCACCAGCAAGAGGCGCAGAGAACACGAGUAUGAAGAUUCCGACGAUGAUUCGGAUUUUUACGGAUUCGCAGCAGAGUCCUCGAUUUUUGAAGAUGACCCGAUGGGUGAAUCUUCGUUGUCGGACGAAGUUGAUCAGCGACAGCCGGUACGAGAAACGCGGCCGAUCCGCAGAUCAACGAGGCAGAUUAAGAAGAAGCACAAAGCGGAUUUUAAAUAUUUUUAAUUUGUCAAGUGAAUUCGUGCUAGCUUCAUUUAGCUUACUGAAUUAGGAUUUUUUAGAUUAAUGUCCUUUCAAGAAAUAAGAAGAAUUUUAUUCACAUUUAAGUGUGUUCGAUUUUGGUAUGAAGCUUUUUAAGGGAAAAGGAGUUGUAAUGUCCAACGCGACAUCUAGACUUAAAUAGAUUAACCAAUUCUUUAACACCCCUGCGGUUGACAGAACUGCUCCCUCUCACACUCUCUUGAGUGCUGCUCAUUUCCGCUUACUCAUAUUGUACUGUUAUCUGAAAUAUAUGCCCACUCUUAUUUGAACCACGAAGACAACUAGACUCGCGUCUUUAUUACGUCCGAAAACGAACGUUUCAGCUAAAAAAAACGUUUUCGAAUAAAGUCCGGAAGAUUGUAAAAAGGGUAAUUUUUGUAAGAAAUCCUGUCAUGCUAUACAUUUUUAGAAAGGUCUCACAGAUUUUGAUGAAAAUAUUUUCCGGUUCUACCAUGCGGCCUAUCGUUGGAUAGGUAGUAGCCUGUCCCAUUUUGAGGUCAUGUCGAGGAAUUUCAGGUGCUCACUUCUUAAAUGAUAGAUUAUGAUGUUAGGAACAAUGUUUUCUUAGACAAGAAAAAAUAAUAAAAUACUUUCUCGCACCCCCUAGUCGAUUUACUGAAAAAAGUCACUUUUUUGAACAAAUUUUCUAAAACCGCUUGGAAUCAACACAAAAACUGUUUCGAUCAGGUGUGUAUUAUCUUCAAACGAUAGGUUUUUGUCCAUAGAUUAAGAUGCACUAUCAAUAUUGGACCAAAAUUUAAGUUUUUGGACUCUCCCAGGCGGAUUUGUGUCGAAAAAAUCGCAUUUUUUCGAAACUUUUUUCAGAAAUGUUCAUUUAAUUUAGGGUAGCCUAUUUUUCCCAGUGAAACCAAUACAUGCAGCUUAUAGGAAAUUUCAUGGCGAACAUUUUUCCCUCUGAGAAAUUCCAAUUUCGACACUCCAGAGCCGAGAUAUUUGAGUUUUAGUGAGGAAAAAAGUGCCAAUUUUCAAAAUUUCUCAGAAUUCAGAAGCAAGCCUACUAAUUACACGAUGUAGCAAGCAUAUGUCUCAAAGGUCAGGGUAUGCUUUUUUAUAGUAAUUUUGGCCGCUGAAUCCGAAUCUGAAAUCAAAUUUCGUGUAAACAGUGAUGUUUUGGAGCUACACCCUUUUGGAAUGUUAUUUGCGUGUUUAAGAGGCAGUUUUUGUAAAUAUUGCUCGGUUUGUUCUAGAGUUCGUAUCGAGGUGCUCCGAUUUGGAUGAAACUUUCAGCGUUUGUUUGUCUAUACAUGAGAUGAACUCAUGCCAAAUAUGAGCCCUCUACGACAAAGGGAAGUGGGGUAAAACGGGCAUUGAAGUUUGAUGUCCAAAAAACAUUAAAAAUCUUAAAAUUGCUCUCAUUUCCGUAAAACUUCAUCAAUUCCAACUCUCUUAGAUGCAUUCAAAAGGUCUUCAAAAUGAGCCAUAGACAUCCAGGAUUGGUUUAAACUUUUCUCAUAGCUUUUGUUUUUUUAAAAAACCUCAAUAUCUUUUUGUAACAGCCAGCAACACCCAUACUCUUUUAGAUCAAAAGUUAGGGAAUUUCAUGGACUAUAAGCCUACGGUAAUAACUUUUUGGCCAAUCGCAGUUUUUCUCAUAGUUUUUCGAUUUUUCUAUAACAAACAUUUUACAACGUUAGUUAUUGUCCUGUAGGCAUCCAUAGCGGCACUUUUUAGUCUCACUUUUGUCAUAUUCCAAAUCCUCGAAAAAUUCAAACUUCAAUGCCCGUUUUACCCCACUUCCCUUUGUCGUAGAGGGCUCAUAUUUGACAUGAGUUCAUCUCAUGUAUAGACAAACAAACGCUGAAAGUUUGAUCCAAAUCGGAGCACCUCGAUACGACCUCUAGAACAAACCGAGCAAUAUUUACAAAAACUGCCACACGCAAAUAACAUUCCAAAAGGGUGUAGCUCCAAAACAUCACUGUUUACACGAAAUUUGAUUUCAGAUUCGGAUUCAGCGGCCAAAAUUACUAUAAAAAAGCAUACCCUGACCUUUGAGACAUAUGCUUGCUACAUCGUGUAAUUAGUAGGCUUGCUUCUGAAUUCUGAGAAAUUUUGAAAAUUGGCACUUUUUUCCUCACUAAAACUCAAAUAUCUCGGCUCUGGAGUGUCGAAAUUGGAAUUUCUCAGAGGGAAAAAUGUUCGCCAUGAAAUUUCCUAUAAGCUGCAUGUAUUGGUUUCACUGAGAAAAAUAGGCUACCCUAAAUUAAAUGAACAUUUCUGAAAAAAGUUUCGAAAAAAUGCGAUUUUUUCGACACAAAUCCGCCUGGGAGAGUCCAAAAACUUAAAUUUUGGUCCAAUAUUGAUAGUGCAUCUUAA